GGGGCCAAUGGCUUUGUUUACCUUCGUCUGACAGGACCUCCCCCGCGAGUUCCAAGAUAUGCCUCUAACUGGGUCCAUCCACUUUCUGCGAUCAUUUGGAGGGGUGACUCGUUAGGGGCGGGACCACUCCGUCCCUAAACCAAAAAGCCACCCGCGUUCACCACCGAGCUAUACUAGGAAGACUUUAAGAGACAAACGACACAGGGCUUGGGCCUCAGCGGGGGGGUUCGUAGGAAUUCUGCGAACCGGAGAGAUCUCCCUACUUUCCUCAGUGGCCUGUUGGUUCGCGCCGGCGCCUUUUAAGGGCACCGUGGGGCGAACGGAGCACUCAGAGCUGCUUUGGCCGCGGCCCUGGGAGCUGAAGGAGCCGCGACUCAGCAGGCAUGACUGGAGAGGGAAGUCCCAAUGGUGCUAGAAUGGUGCUGCAGUGGCAGAAGACGGCUCACAAGUGAGGUCUGGAAGAACAACAGGGAAGACAUCCAUCAUUUGCUCCAAAGUGUGCAAGUCAGAUCCUGGGGAGAAUCAUGAUAACUCUGAUCACUGAGCAGCUACAGAAGCAGACUCUGGAUGAGCUGAAAUGCACACGCUUCAGCAUCAGUCUGCCUUUGCCUGAUCAUGCAGACAUCUCCAACUGUGGGAACCCUUUCCAGCUUGUGUCUGAAGGUGCUUCCUGGAGGGGCCUUUCCCACUGUUCCUGUGCUGAGUUCCAGGACAGCCUCAGCUUCAGCUACCACCCCUCAGGCUUGAGCCUGCACCUCAGACCACCUAGUCGGGGAAGCUCCCCACAGGAGCAGCCCCUUUCCCAAAUCCUAAGCCCUGAGCCCCCAGACCCAGAGAAGCUUCCUGUGCCCCCUGCUCCUCCAUCCAAGAGGCACUGCCGCUCACUUUCAGUGCCCGUGGACCUGUCUCGCUGGCAGCCGGUGUGGCGGCCCGCCCCCUCCAAGCUGUGGACUCCCAUCAAGCACCGGGGCAGUGGUGGAGGGGGUGGGCCGCAGGUGCCUCACCAGAGCCCCCCGAAGCGGGUCUCCAGCCUCAGGUUCCUCCAAGCUCCCAGUGCCUCUUCUCAUUGUGCCCCAACCCAUAGACCCUACAGCCCUCCUUUCUUCAGCCUGGCCCUGGCCCAAGAUUCUUCUCAACCCUGUGCCACCUCCCCUCAAAGUGGCUCCUGGGAGAGCGACCCUGAGUCCUUGUCACCUUGCCCACCCCAGCGUCGCUUCUCCCUGUCACCCAGCCUGGGUCCACAGGCAAGCUGCUUCUUGCCCUCUGCUCGGAGCUCCCCUGCAUCCUCCCCAGAGCUGCCCUGGCGACCUCGAGGUCUCCGAAACCUUCCCCGAAGCCGCUCACAGCCUUGUGAUCUGGAUGCCCGAAAAACUGGGAUCAAGCGGCGCCACGAAGAGGACCCCCGACGCCUGCGGCCUUCCUUGGACUUUGACAAGAUGAAUCAGGGAAGGGGUUUAUUUGGCUUACAGUUCAUAGAGGUUUCAGUCCAUAAUCAGCUGGCUCCAAGGCUGGGACAGCAAACAAGCAUCGCAGAGAAACCAUACUCAGGAGCUCUCUGUCUCCAAGAAACAGCCCGGGAAGGCAGCGGCAUCUCUCCACCAUGGUUCAUGGCCUGUAGCCCUGCACCUCUCUCUGCUUCCUGCAGCCCCGUUGAGGGUUCCUCCCAGGUGCUGAGUGAAAGUGAAGAGGAGGAAGAGGGGGCUGUGCGGUGGGGGCGACAGGCAUUGAGCAAGCAGACACUGUGCCAGCAGGACUUUGGGGACCUGGACUUGAAUCUGAUUGAGGAGAACUAAAACUGAGAGGCUAUUUCCUGGGGCCACACAGACUGACUCUCUUAUGGCUACUAACAAGUGUCGAGGCCUCAAGGCUGAGGGCCCAGCCUGGGAAUGGGGGUGAGUGGAGGGGUCCGACUCAGGGCAGCCGGAAAUCUCACUCCAGCAAGCUCGACCAUGGCAAGAGACUGGCCGGGACAAGAUAAACAGCUGGUGGCGGGAGGGAUGGCCCCAGAGCAGACCCUUCCCAUGGCGGCCCUGAGUGUAAGUAUCCUUGCCCCUGGGAGAGCAAUGGGCAGGGAAGGAAGGGGUCUGCAGACCCCAGCUCGGGGAAUUUCACUAGCCCCUUUGCUUCAAAGGGCACUUGUGUCUUAGAAUUUGGCCAGGGUGGGGGUGUUCAGUCAGCCUCCUUGGAGAAACUGUGUGAGAGUGUGUGCGUGCAUGGGAGUGUACUUGUGGGAAGGUGUGUUUGCGUAGCCUUAGGGAAAGAAGGCAGUUGCUCCUUAACAGCAGAGCAUCAUGAUACCCCCAGGAUCUUGAGUUUUUUUACAGGAUAGCAGGCUUGUUCAAGGAGUCAAGUUGAGGGCUCCAAGUUUUCCUUUUUUCUAAAUAUCUCUGGAACCAGUCUUGUAAUCCAUAGCAUCACUGGCUCUAAAGGAUUCUGUUUUGGGGUACAGCAGGGUCUUUUACUUGGUAUGACCUCUGCUAAUGAUCUUCAGUCCCAACCCCUCCCCACUAGAUAUAUCUAGUUUUGAGGGCUGCAGAGGGCUCACUACAUUUACCUUGAGCUGGCCUUUUUUUUCAUCAGAUUGUCUAGGCUGUUUGCAACCUGCCUCUCUUGCUCUGAGUAGGUAUGAGCACAUCUGGGCAACUGAGGCAGGGCUGAAGGGCUUCAUUUCUCUUCUUCACUGUUAGGACCUUUUCUUCUUGUCUUCUGACCUUCCAGGUCAGAGGAAGGGAGAAAGGCCCAGUCUUGGCCCCCUGCAUCUGUUGAGGCAGACUUGCAGCAGGUGCAGUGGGCUUUAGUUCCCAACAGAGAGGGUUGCACUUAACCCAGCACUGCCCCUUGGAAGCAGGCUGUAAGGAAGCCUGUUACAAGAUCCAGGCCCAGCUUCUUUUCUGACCUGCUUGAGCAAAAAGAAAGGGGUGUUCAGCAUUUUAACAGUUUGCUUGUCUUCCACUCCUUCCAGGAAAUGUUUAUUUGCCUCUAAUUGGCCCUGAGAGACAGAGAGAGGUUGGGGCUUACUGAGGAAUUGGCUGAGGAUGUGUAAAGCAAAGGCUGUGAGAAACAGCUGGGGGUUUAUUAUUGUUGGAUUGAAUUUCCUUUUUUGUUUCUCACCUACAGCUUGAGCCAGGGCAGCAGGUCCCAGUGGCUGCAGUGUGGGUUUAAGUGAUGGGUUUGAAACUGCACAUACUUUGGGAGGGCUGGCACCAGUGGAUAUGCAUUCUGAAGCUGCUGCCACAGUAUCCUGUGAGGCUUUGUCCAGAUUUAGUUAGACCCAGCAUGACCAAAUUGGACCCGCCCUUCCUGUUUAUUGCAAGAAGGGCAUUUUUCUAUUCAAUUUUCAGGGUGUCUUAGGACCCAAUUCCUCAUGUUAGGGGCAAAGACCAAGGUCUGUUUUUUCUUCCUUGUGGAAUUAAGCCUGACAUUUUCUGCAUUGCCCAUGUGUUGGAAAGGUGAAGCUCCAGCCUCUGCCUCCACUCCAGAGGUAGUAGCCUUGUGUCGUGAGCCUGUGGCCCUCAGAAGCUCUCCCCUUCCAGGGCUCCUCCUGUCUCCUGGUUAGUUACCACAUACUAACACUGGGCUACAAGUUCUCCAGGGGCCUGAGAGAGGCUCUCUGGAGAAUCCAGGGAAACUGAGCCCAGGAGUUACCCAUCCUUACAUUCAUCCCUCCCCUGGUUCUUCUCCCUCAUCAGGCCAUAAUUUCCCAGGUGCCAGCUUCUUUUCCUCCUGAGGCAUCCUCAUCCCUGGGCUCUCUGCUGCAGGUUGGCUGUGCCAGCUUCCAUUAGGCUACUGGCAAUGCCUAUGGGGUCUCUGCAGGCCCUAAGCUAAAGAAGUGAGGGCAGUGAUUCUGCCUUCAUCCUGGCUUCCCCAAAGCCCUAGGGCAUCAUCCUUAGGGAAGAAGGCCUACAGUUGUCAUAUUUUAAUUCCAUUACUUUAAGUCUGGAAAGUUAAUCUAGUUAGAACUAUCAUCUUGCUUUCCAAUCUAAGCACCUGUGGCCCUGGAACAAGCCUUUUCCAGAAGUGGUUCAUUUUGCUUCAUACAGUAGAUCUGUCCUAACAGUUCUAUGUAAGCCAAAUGCUAUUUUUCGAUGCAUUUGGACUGCUGACCAUUUAAAAGCAGCCUAUGAUUGCUUCUUUUGUAAAGCAAGCAACUUCCCUUUACUUUAGCUGUUUUGACUCUUUGGGUUUUCACAUAUCGGGCUUGCCCAGAGUGGAGCACACCUCCAGGGCUUGUGGCUGACGCUGGGUAGACGUCUGCAUCUGUGCUGUGUGUGUGGUGUGGCUGGCUGGUAAGUGAGUAACCCUGCGUACAUGAGUGAAGCCACUCCCAGGCUGGUGCUCUCCUCCUAUGCCCGAUGACUGCCCAGUGGCAGCCUUAGCUGCCCUUCACUCCCACCUGCUGCCAAAGUCCCUGUGCUAAUGGGAUUACAAAAACAAAAAAAAGUGGAAAAAAAAAUUUUCGUAAAGUUUGUUUUAUAUUAAAAAAUCCAUGAGUCUGUGUGUGUUAAACAUGAGGUUCUGCCUCUGUGGCUGUGUUUGAAAAAAUAAAGUUUUAUUAGAAUAACCCAUUUUCCCAAGCAA